AUGGCUUCCCCCCGUCCCGCUUCUCCUCUCACCUCGGGCGCCGAAUCCGGCGCUGAUUCUAAGGGUGUUGGUGCCGCUGCUGCCGCCUCUGGCUCCUCCGUCAGCCGUCCCUCCUCGCCCACUCCCCCUGGUGGACCUCGCGCUGCCAUGCGCCGCCGUGCUGCUGCCGACCACAAGGAGACUCUGCGCAAUGCCCGCCCGAGCUCCACCCGCUCUGCUGGUGCCGGUGGUUCCUCCGGUACCAUGCUGAAGCUCUACACCGAUGAGAGCCCCGGUCUCCGUGUUGACCCCGUCGUUGUUCUGGUGCUGAGUCUGGGCUUCAUCUUCUCGGUUGUUGGUCUGCACGGUAUGUUUUCCGUUUCCAUUUCAGACUUUGAAUGGACUGGGGUAUUAAUUAUUGCCAUAGUCAUCGCCAAGAUCACCCGCAAGUUCUCCGCAUAA